AUGCAAAACGAGGGAAAGGAAGUGAGAGCACCUUCUGAAGCGCUGUCAGCCAGUACGCCCGUUCUAUCCGAGCAACCACCGCGAAAGAAAAAGCCCAAAAAGCGCAACAAGGAUCCAAAAGCUGGCGAAGAUGGUGCGAUCCGUAAAAAGCCGCGCAAAAACAAGCCACCCAAAGAGGCGGAUGUCAGCGCGCCCGGUCUGACUGCUGCACAGAAAGCCGUCAACGAGCAGAUGCGUAGAGCGCUCGAAGAAGACCAGUAUUCCGCUUACGGCAGUAUCGUCGAUACUGAUAGUGAUGGAGAAGAUGAAUACACGUAUCGCGGACAGUCGGUACGUUUGGAUCGGUCAUCCAUUCAACAGGCAAUGAAGAAGGGUACGCUUUUUGAUCCAGCACGUGGAACUGCGGUUUACGAGGAAGAAGAUCCCGUUGAUGAAGAAAACACGGAGAAACAAGAAUCCGUUCGCACCCGUCGCAGUAAAGCAAAGAAGAAGAAACGACGUAAAGAGGCUGCUGUGGUGGCUGCAACCGAAGUUGGCGUCAGUAAGGACGUUGCUGCUGAUCUUCUGGGCCUCGACGGCGCGGAUGAAGAUAUGGAUCGUGACGGAGGCUCUAUAUUUGGACAGACCACCGGUAGCAGCAACUCGACCUGGGUAGAAUGCGACAAAUGUAAGAAAUGGAGACGUCUGCGAGGUGUAGUUGACGAAAAGAAGUUGCCUUCAAAGUGGUUCUGCUCAAUGAACAAGAAUGAUCCAGAGCGCUCUCGCUGCUCCGCCCCGGAAGAAGAAUAUGAAGCUCCCCAUACUCCCGAGUCUGCUGCGGAUGCUCGUACUCGGAAACACUUGCGCGUUUGGGUACGUCGUCUCCAGAGCAAUGAAGCCUACGAAGCCCGCCAACCAACCUUGACGCGAGGCAAGAAGCGUGCCGUUGCAUCGAGCAGCAAAGAUCCCUAUGAAUGGGUCCGUUGUUGCAACCCGUCUUGCGGGAAGUGGCGUGCAGUUUUACGGAUUAUGGAUGCGAAAACGAAUGUUAUCGACCGAACAACUGAUGGGGAAUGGUACUGCGUUAUGAACAUGUGGGACGAAAAAACAGCGAGUUGCGCGGCCCCUCAGGAAAAUCUUCCCUCUGUCGGUUGUCCUCCCUGGGUGAUGCAGGACGAAAAUUAAAGUAAUUUUACUGUAAGCGUGUAUGCGCUUUUGCU